CCACUUGUGGUGUCACUCCGAGCUGCCACGGACACACACAAGUUUCAUCAGUCAUGUCAGUUGCUCUGUUGCUGCUCUUCAACUUCCUUAUUCACGCGUCAGUCCCGUUUCCUCUUUCAGCAACCGAUCGUACUCUGGUUCAUGCUGUUUGGAUAAGUCUGCUAUUUCGCCACGAGAGAAAGCAAGAUAAAUCUGCAUUUUAUGAAGCAAUGUAAAUGAAAGCCUCUGCUGGAAUUGAGCUGUGUUCAGUUUAAAAGACUGGUGGAGGAUUUGUGAGCAGUGGAGCUUCUGCAAGACUGCGUUAAUGCACUUCGGUUCAGGGGGAGAGAGAGGCCGCAGAGUGAAAUGGUGACGGUCACGUCCGUCUCCGAGCAGUAGCCUACGAGUCGUGAGUGUUUGGGCGUCCGUGAUGUCGGGUGACAACCUCACCCUGUCCUGGAGGAGCAUGUCUCCCAGCAGCCCCUUGGAUUCCCCGACAAUGUCUCCCAUGGCAAUCAUCGGCAGGGACAGCAUCUCGCCGGUGAAGAUCAUCAAAGUGUGUUUCCUUAGCAACAGCUCCAACCUGGGCAAGAACUUCAAACUGGUCCGCUGUGAGGAGGGGUGGACCGUCAAGACUGUCGUGGAUAUGGUCCUGUCCAGUGGCUGUGUGGGUCCCAACAUAAAACACAACCUGUGCUUCGGCCUCCUCCUCAAACACCUCAAGUCCUCAGAGAUGCACUGGCUGCACCUGGACAUGACUGUGUCUGAACUCACUCAGCGCUACGAGCAGCAGCACCUGGAGGCCGAGUGGAGAUAUGACCUGAGGAUUAGAUACAUCCCAUCAGACUUCAUGGAGUCUUUCAAAGAUGACAGCACCACCUUGCUCUAUUUCUACCUGCAGGUACGGAGUGAUUAUAUGCAACAGUAUGCCUCCAAAGUCAGUGAUGGAAUGGCGGUGCAGCUUGGUUGUCUGGAAAUUAGGAGAUUCUACAAAGACAUGAACGCUAACGGGCUGGAGAAAAAGUCCAAUUUUGAACUGCUGGAGAAGGAUGUCGGUCUGGACCUGUUCUUCCCCAGAGAGCUCAUAGACAGCAUGAAGCCCAAGCAGUUACGUCGGAUGAUCCAGCAGACGUUUCAGGGCUACUCCACCUUGCGGCAGGACCAGUGCAUGGCCAAGUUCUUCCAUACUCUCGCUCAGUGCUACAGCUUCACCCAAGAGAGAUACGCCUGCCAGCUAGUGCACAGCUGGAAUCUUUCCAUUGACCUGGUCAUCGGGGCUGACGGGAUCAGCCAACAAACUGACACCUCAUUACCCAUUUGUUUGGCCAAGUUUUCACAGGUGCGGGGUAUUUCCUGUAAGGCAGAAAGUGACGGCCGGGCCCUUCUCAAUGUUCACAUAGAAGGCGCCGAGCAGCCUCUCUCGCUGAACACCUCGUCUCUGGCGUUGGCAGAGAACAUGGCAGACUUGAUUGACGGCUACUGUCGACUGGAAGGCACCGCCGAGAGCUCGCUCAUCGCCAGACCCACCAAAGGAAGAGACGCAAGAACGAAACUUCCUGACAUCCCAAAAUGCUCCAGUGGUCCCAAGAGAGGUUUGAGUUCAGAUAUUUAUGCUGAGAUUACAGACGGGAAAGUAAACUGUGAUGAUAAACACAAGAUCUCCAGAGACGACAUCGUUGUCGGUCGGAUCCUGGGCGAGGGAUUCUUCGGAGAGGUCCAUGAGGGAGUUUAUAAAAGCCCGAGUGGAAAUAAGAUCCAGGUGGCCAUCAAAACGUGCAAAGAUUGCUCGGCUGAUGUGAAGGAGAAGUUCCUCAGUGAAGCCGAUUUGAUGAAAAACCUGGACCAUCCUCACAUCGUUCGCCUCAUCGGAGUCAUCAAGGGCGACCCCGUCUGCAUCGUCAUGGAGCUCUACGAGCACGGAGAGUUGGGGAACUAUCUCGUAGAGCAAAAGAACACCCUGGGCAUACCGGCUUUAACCCUUUACUGUCUACAAAUCUGCAAGGCCUUGGCUUACCUGGAAGGACUUAGUAUGGUGCACAGAGACAUCGCGGUGAGAAACAUCCUGGUGGCCUCGCCUGAUUGUGUUAAGCUUGGUGACUUUGGUCUGUCGCGCUACGUCGAUGAACAAGAGUAUUAUAAAGCUUCAGUUACGCGAUUACCGAUCAAAUGGAUGGCGCCAGAAUCAAUCAACUUCAGACGCUUCACCACGGCCAGCGAUGUCUGGAUGUUUGGUGUGUGUGUGUGGGAGAUCUUCUCAGCCGGGCAGCAGCCAUUUUUCUGGCUGGAGAACGGAGACGUGAUCAACCAACUGGAGUCGGGAGUCCGUCUCCACAAGCCGAAGCGCUGCCCGCCCCCCAUGUACGCCCUGCUCACCAGCUGCUGGGCCUACGAUCCGUACAGCCGGCCCACCUUCAGCCAGCUCGUCUGCUCCCUCAGCGAGAUCCACAGGAUGGAAGUGGUGCAGGAGAAGGAUGAAAGGCGGGACAGAGCCCUCUCCAUCCCCUUUAUAUUCGAUCCCAGCCUCACAGAUCCUCCGCCCAAGCCAUGCCGACCACAAGGCAACACCCUCCCUCGGGCCAAGCACAUAAAGUCACCAGAGACAGACGGCAGGCCUGUGUGGGAGAAAGAAAGAGUGGAAGACACAUUAAAAAGACAAAGAAGAGAGAUGCUGAUGGACAAAGAGUGGCUGGAGCAAGAGGAGAGACACCUGGACCCUGUCGUACGACUGGACUCACAAAUAAAGCCGUGUGAAAAAAGCCCAGAAGCCGCUCCUCCAAAGAAGCCCCCGAUGCCUGCGGCGGUCUCCCAGCCUCGACCCACAGCCGAGCUGGACCGAUCUGGAGAUCAGGUCUACACCGGCGUCAUGGCGAUGGUGAAGCAGGUUGUCCAGCUGAAGAACGAUGUCAACGCACUGCCCGUCUCCGAGUAUCCCAACGCUGUCAAGGCGGUAGGCGUCACCCUCCGCAGCCUGAUUCAAAGUGUCGAUGAGAUCCUUCCAUCGCUGCACGGUUCUGUCACCACAGAGAUCGAGGGCACCAAGAAACUGCUGAACAAGGAUUUGAGCGAGCUGAUCAACAAGAUGAGGCUGGCACAGCAGAACUGCAUCACCUCUCUGAAGGAGGACUGUCAGCGGCAGAUGUUGGCAGCGGCUCACACUCUGGCACUGGACUCCAAAAACCUGCUGGACGCCGUGGACCAGGCUCGGGUCAGGGCCAACCUGGCCAAGCCCAAGCCCGACUCACAGGGUGCAGACAGUUUCAGUGAAUGACCUGAAGGAUGGGGAGUUUAGUUCAACUCAACCAAAACUGGAUGAAACACCACAAAUAAUGUUGACAGUGUUGAAUGUGACGAUCUGCACCUUUUGUUUUCUUUUUUUCAUAACCUGUAAAAAAAAACCUUUUUUUCAGUAUUAAUGGAUUUGUGCAGCGAUGUGGAAAUCUGGUCAAAGGUCAAAGCUUUUGUUCUUUUGCUGCUUUUGCUUCAGGAACCCUCGAAAAUCUGAAAUCAUGUGAGAAAUUUGGUAACAAGCAGUUUUAAAAAAACAGCUGCGCUUGCAGCAGAGAUGACACGCGAGGAGACGCGGGAGGGUGAGGCUUUCAGCCAAUGAAGGCGAGCCAGGAAGAGUCAAAUCCAGCUUUUGGUUUCUUGUCUUUGGAUAAUGUUGUUGGUAUUUCUACAAGUAAGUUGUCACAAAUCCGGCUACUGUUUGUUCAAAGUUAUAACAGUGAGAAUAAUUUGUAUUUAUAGGUCUCAGGGUUUAUAGAUUUUUUUUUACUUGUCAAGUGUUUUCCUUUUCUUUUGGAUUUCUAUGUUUCAUAUUAUAGCUUUGGUUCCUUUUUAUUUAAAUCCUUUGUUUCCUGUUGUGACUGUCUCUCGGUUUAUGCUCCUGGAUUUCCUCUUUUCAGUCACUUGUCUUUAUCCUGCUGUUUUAGGACAUUUUUAAAUUACCUUCCUCUGCAAUUUAUUUUCUGUUUGUGAGUAAAUAAAGUUAUUUUUUAUUUUAUACCAA